GGGGCCGUGCACGCGCCAUCUUGGAACGAGGGGGAAAAAAAUCACGGGCAAAUCCUGGUCGCUCCGCUUCUCCUGCACCUUCUGCUUUUUCCUUCUUCUUUUAGCGCUCUGAAACCGCUCUUCUUCGACCCGCCGAGGGCUUUUGCGUGGCGGAGGAAGCUGCUGGGACACGUGGGAGGAGCAGACGGCGAGGCCGGGGUUGCGCCGAGGGGGCACACAGCGAUGGCAGGUGUCGGAGGAGGGAACGAUUUCCAGUGGUGUUUCUCCCAGGUGAAAGGAGCCAUAGACGAGGAUGUGGCGGAAGCGGACAUUAUUUCAACAGUUGAGUUCAACUACUCCGGGGAACUACUAGCAACAGGAGACAAAGGAGGACGAGUCGUAAUAUUUCAGCGAGAACAAGAGAGCAAAAACCGGCCUCACUCGAGAGGAGAGUACAACGUGUACAGCACUUUCCAGAGUCAUGAACCUGAGUUUGACUAUUUGAAAAGUUUAGAAAUCGAGGAAAAAAUUAACAAAAUUAGGUGGUUACCACAACAGAAUGCUGCUCACUUCUUGCUUUCAACAAACGAUAAAACUAUCAAACUAUGGAAAAUCAGCGAACGGGACAAAAGGGCGGAGGGCUACAACCUGAAGGAUGAAGACGGAAGACUUCGAGAUCCUUUUAGAAUUACAUCACUACGGGUACCAGUGUUGAUGCCCAUGGACCUGAUGGUGGAAGCCAGUCCCCGCAGAAUAUUCGCAAAUGCGCACACAUAUCACAUUAAUUCCAUUUCAGUAAAUAGUGAUCAUGAAACAUACCUUUCUGCUGACGACCUAAGAAUAAACCUGUGGCACUUAGAAAUUACAGAUAGGAGUUUUAAUAUUGUAGACAUAAAGCCAGCCAACAUGGAAGAACUGACGGAGGUGAUCACGGCGGCGGAGUGCCAUCCGCACCAGUGCAACGUAUUCGUGUACAGCAGCAGCAAAGGCACCAUCCGGCUGUGCGACAUGCGAGCCGCAGCACUCUGUGACCGACACACAAAGUUCUUUGAGGAGCCCGAGGACCCCAGCAGCAGGUCGUUCUUCUCUGAAAUCAUCUCCUCAAUAUCCGACGUCAAGUUCAGUCACAGCGGUCGCUACAUGAUGACCCGAGAUUAUCUCUCGGUCAAGGUUUGGGAUCUCAACAUGGAGAACAGACCAGUAGAAACGUACCAGGUGCAUGAAUACCUCCGUAGCAAACUAUGUUCGUUGUAUGAAAACGACUGCAUCUUCGACAAGUUUGAGUGCUGCUGGAAUGGUUCUGAUGGCGCCAUCAUGACCGGUUCCUACAACAACUUCUUCCGGAUGUUUGACCGGAAUAGCCGCAGGGACAUCACACUGGAGGCAUCCCGGGAGAGCAGUAAACCGCGUGCCAUGCUGAAGCCUCGCAAGGUGUGUACCGGUGGCAAGAGGAAGAAGGACGAGAUCAGCGUGGACAGCCUGGACUUCAACAAGAAGAUCCUACAUACAGCCUGGCACCCCAAGGAGAACGUCAUUGCUGUGGCCGCCACAAAUAACCUGUAUAUAUUCCAGGACAAAAUCAACUAGAGUCCCAACGUGUCUGAGGGUUUCAGGGGGAGGGGCAGAUUCUUGUACUUGCAUAGUUAAAGCCUAGUCGUUUAUCUGUAAAAGAAACGGCCUUCUUGUCCUCCUAAUGAAGAAUUUGAUGCACUCGUUUUUUUUCCUUGUGUAGCCGAGGGAGAAAAAAGUGGCCUGGGUUUUUUUUUUUUUUUUUUUUUUCUUUUCUUUUCUUUUCUUCCCCCCCCCUUCUCCUCCUCCUGCAUCAGUGGUGUGUUUGAGCCUUCAGUGUGGGGGCAGAAUCAAUGGUUUGCUGACCAGGAGACGGCUAGCCGCAGCAGAAUUGAUGGACAGCACACAACAGAGGCCAAACUGUCAAAAGUUAGUGUAUUUAUUUAAGUCUGAGCCUUCCUUUUUUAUGAUUUAAUGACCAAAUUAUGAAAUGCCCAAGGAAUGACACUUUUAUUGUCAAAAUUGUAGUCUCUUUACUGUAAUUUCUGGCCUUUCUGAAACAAAUUUGCUAGUUGAUGCCUGUUAACAUUCCUCCCCUGGCUUUUUUUUCAGGCCUUGGUGUUUUAUCUUUUAAGCACUUAAAACAGGUCUCUGUUUUGGUCAGUGGAUUUUUUUUUUUCCCCCCCUUCUCCCUUUUUCAUGCAUAAUAACAUUUAAUCACUGACUGUAUCUAUAUAACUACACCAUAUGGUGUCAACCACUUAAAUAAAAGUAACAAAAACUACAGAGAGAUGUCUUUUUAAAUUUUAAAAAGUAUGUAUUAAAUUCUAAUGUUUUAUUGCUUUGCAUGUAUUUACAUUGUAGUUUGAAGACGCGGUGGAAGAGUCGAAGUCGUCCCACUGAUCUGUUUCAGUAGCAUGAUUAGGGAGAUGUCAUGACGAACUACUUGAAGCUGCAGUUUCACAUCCACAAGCUGGUCGUUGGCCAUUUUCCGUGUCGAUAACUUUGUUUUUCGUCUUUAGCGUACUAUUUAAAGAGUAGUCUGGUAACACGGUAGGAAAGCAAUAGGCCGCCACACAAAGGGAAUCUGCAGCCUUAACUACUUUUUGGGGGGUAAAAUGUAACUACAGUUUAAUGGUCCUAGUUGCAGUCCCAAUGUUUAACAGAUUACCAUACCUUAUGUGCAUUUUAAUACCGUUUUGAAAUGUUUUAUUUCCUUGUAAUAAAUUGCUGCUACAAGUGGCUGUCUGUGAGAACAACCGUCAUCUUUCUGCAGUCGAACCUUAACAGAAAUCGCGCGCACACUCUCUCUCGCUCUCUCACACACACACACACAUACACACAAAGUGGUCACAAAGCACCUGAAGCGCUCAGUGCCUCCCUUGGAACCUAAAAUAGUUUUACUGUUCCGUCGACAAAACCGGACACUGCAUUUUGACCUUGGCAUGAGGUGUGGAAUACAAGUUGUGUGUGUUCCUCGUUUUGGUUUGUUUUUAUUUUACUCUCGAUGGGAUACCAUUUGGAGUUGUGGGCCACCCGUGCUGAAAUCACACAAAUGGAAAAUUUCAAGG